UUUAAGCAAUACAAGAGAACAGACGCAACGACACAUCGAGGACUAUUUUAAUCAAUACAAAUGUACGAUAUCACACUUAAUCAAGAGACGCGCAAUCUAUUCCAGCUUACCCUAGUUGGAAGGUAUUUCGUAACCCAAGGGGGCUAUCCAGCUUUCAUGAACAACGUGAUUAUGCCCAUGAUUGCGAGACUUGCAGAAAAACUACACGAAUUAGGCGUAUCAUGCAGUGAGAUGUACCCAAUCGUACGACGGCGAGUACAGAUCUACGUACUCGAAGAGGCUGCAAAAGAAGGAUUUCUAUGCGCAAGGCCGCUUCGCAGAAUAAGACGUCCUCUGCAAGCUGUGGAACGUUCAAAACAGCUUUCCAUAGCGACGUCUGCUGAAAAGAUGACGGUAAGUCAUAGCACUUGCAAAAGCCUGAACCAUGACGGAGAUAUUAUGGUCACAGUUGAAAGCAAGAGUCUCACAGUAGACAAGGGCUGCAAAGAUGACAAGAGCCCCCAUGAUGACAUGAGCCUCACAGAUAGCAAGGGCAUCACCUACGAGAAAGGCCCCAUAGAUGGCCAGGGCUUCACAGAUGACAAGGGCUGCACUGACGACAAGGACUGCACAGAUGACAAGGGCUGCAAUGAUGAUAGAGGCUACACAGAUGAUAAGGGGUGCAAUGAUGAUGACAGGGGCCUCACAGAAGACAAGGACUGCACAGAUGACAAGGGCUGCAAUGAUGACAAGGGCUGCAAUGAUGAUGACACAGGCCUCACUGAUGACAAGGGCUGCGAUGAUGACAAGGGCUGCAAUUAUGAUGACGAGUGUCUCACUGAUGACAAUGGCGGCAGUGAUGACAAGGACUGCAUUGAUGACAAGGGCCUCAAUGACGAUGACAAGGGCCUCACUGAUUACAAGGUCUGCAAUGAUUUCAAAGGCUGCAGUGAUGACAACGGCUGCAAUGAUGACAAAGGCUGCAAUGAUGAUGACAAGAGCCUCACAGAUAACAAGGUAAUACGUCAUAUCACUUGGAAAAGCCUGAACCAUGGCGGAGAUAUUACUAGUAUACUAUCAGAUGAAAGCAAGAGUCUCACAGUAGACAAGGGCUGCACAUAUCGCAAGAGCCUAGAUGACAUGGGCCUCACAGAUGGCAAGGGCCUCACAUAUGAGAAACAUGGUGAUGACAACGGCCUUGCUCAUGACAAGGACAUCACUGAUGACCAGAGCUGCACUUAUGACAAGGGCUGCAUUAUUAACAACGGCCUCACUGAUGACAAGGGCUUCACUAUUGACAAUUGCCGCAUUGAUGAAAAGGGCCUUUCUCAUGACAAUGGCCUCAUAGAUUACAUGUGCUGCACCGAUGACAAAGCGAGUCACGGCAUGAACUACAAUGAUGACAAUUGGCUUGAGUAUGCCAUGAUCCUGGCUUAUUACAAGAACCGUUCUGAUGAAAAGCACCUGCAGCCAUUAAAGGAUGACACCAUAAAUGGCUUUACACAAACGAAGGUGUUUGUCAGAGGACGGCGAUUCUUAAAAAGAAUCCGUGUAUUAUUUAGGCGAUGUUUAAUUCAGAAGAUCAAAGACUAACUCGAAAAAAAAGUUAUUUUGUAAUUUAAAUACUGAUUAAUAAACAUAAUCAUCCUCAUAA